AUGGCGGCGGUGGACUUACAGCAAAUUGGUUUUACCUAUCCCGGGGCUGCAGAGGCGACUCUGAGCAAUCUGAAUCUCAGCGUCGCUGAUGGCGAAGCGCAUGCUCUGCUUGGUGCAAGCGGUGCAGGUAAGACGACGUUGUUGAAUUUGUUAUCCGGUAUUCUGCAUCCCACCGACGGGCGUUUACUGUUUAACGGCGAUGAUGUGUCCAGGCUCAGCGGUCGCGCGCGUAAUGUUGCCCAGGUAUUCCAGUUUCCGGUGUUGUAUGAAUCCCUCAACGUUGCUGAAAAUCUUGCUUUCCCGCUGCGUAACAGUGGUGUUGCACGGAAAGUCAUAGAUGAGCGGGUAGCCUAUAUCUGCGACGAGCUUGAGCUUGGUGCGCUGAUUGCGCAGAAACCCCGCUCACUGUCGCUUUUUCAAAAACAACUGGUCGCGGUAGGCAAAGCCCUGGUGCGCCCGGAUAUUUCUCUGGUCCUGCUGGAUGAACCCCUGACCGCGGUAGAGCCACGGAUAAAGUGGCAGCUACGACAGACCCUGCGGCGUGUACAGGCAGAUCUGCAGGUGACGAUGAUCUAUGUCACCCACGAUCAGACCGAAGCGCUGACCUUUGCGGAUCGUGUCUCUAUCUUAACGGCAGGCGGGAUUCUGCAGACGGAUACGCCGGAAGUUGUUUAUCAAUCGCCACUACAUGAAUUUGUUGGUCACUUUGUUGGCAGCCCGGGAAUGAAUUUUGUCCCGGCGCAGGCGUUGGGCGUCAGUACCGCCCAGCGAAUCGGCUUUCGGCCGGAAUGGGCCCAGCUAUCGACAUCAGGUCAAAUAACCGGGACGUUGCAGCGUGUGCGGAUUGAAGGUGCUCAGCAAGGUCUGGCGGCUGGUUUGAUGGUGCUCGAUACCGCCUAUGGCGAAGUCAUCGUGCGCGGGCGGUUGCCGGAAGUUGCCCAACGCCAGAUCGGCGCGCAGCUGCAGGUGCAGGUGACGCCGCAGAACAACCGCGCGUGGUUGGGUGUGUUACCCGUUGUGCUGAUUGUUGCGUUCAGCGCGGUAGUGCCGCUGAUGACCGUCGUUAAUUACUCGGUGCAGGAUAUUCUGGAUUUCAAUACCCGGUUUUUUGUUGGCCUGCAGUGGUACGAGCAGACCCUCAACGAUCCGCGCUUUAUUGAGGCUUUUCUGCGGCAGGUGGCGUUCAGCCUGACGAUACUGGCUAUUCAGAUACCGCUGGGCAUCUGGGUGGCCAAAGGUAUACCCAAAGACAGUCGCAUGACACCUUUGAUUCUGGUUGUCUUAGCCAUGCCGCUGCUGAUUCCGUGGAACGUUGUGGGCACUAUCUGGCAGAUCUUUGCGCGACCCGACAUCGGUUUGUUGGGCGUGACGAUCAACGCGCUGGGCAUAACGUAUAACUACACAGCGGAUCCACUGCAUGCCUGGGUAACGCUGGUCGCGAUGGAUGUCUGGCACUGGACCUCACUGGUGGCGCUGCUGGCGUUUGCCGGUCUCACGUCGAUACCGCAGCCUUUUUAUCAGGCCGCCGAGCUGGAUGGCGCCAACCGCUGGCAGAUAUUCCGUUAUGUUGAAUUGCCGCGACUGCGCGGCGUGUUGAUCAUUGCCGUACUGCUGCGGUUGAUGGACAGCUUCAUGAUCUACACCGAACCGUUUGUCUUGACCGGGGGCGGGCCGGGCAAUGCCACGACGCUGCUCAGCCAGCAUCUGGCCACCAUGGCUGUUGGCCAGUUUGAUCUUGGCCCUGCAGCGGCCUUUUCGGUGAUUUACUUUCUCUUCAUCCUGCUUUUCUGCUGGUUAUUUUACAGCUCGGUGGUGGCCAAGAAUGAAGCGUUUGCAAACUCGUUAACAUAUGUAGGCCUGAAUACGCUGCUGUCGCUGAGUGUCGCCAUUCCCGCUGCCUAUGUGUUUUCGCGUUAUCGUUUUCUCGGCGACAAGCAGCUUUUUUUCUGGCUGUUAACCAAUCGUAUGGCACCCCCAGCGGUUUUUCUGCUGCCGUUUUUCCAGCUUUAUUCCGCGAUUGGUUUGUUUGAUACACCGCUGGCUAUUGCGCUUGCCCAUUGUCUGUUCACCGUGCCGCUGGCAGUCUGGAUCCUGGAAGGUUUCUUUUCCGGCGUGCCCACGGAGCUGGACGAAAUGGCGCGGCUGGAUGGUCACAGCUUCCUGUACUUUUUCUUCCGCGUCUUUUUGCCGAUUAAUCGAGGCGCGCUUGGGGUAACGCUGUUUUUCUGUUUCAUGUUCAGCUGGGUUGAACUGUUGCUUGCGCGUACCUUGUCCGGUGCCUCCACCAAACCUAUUGCCGUGGUGAUGACCCGCACGGUGAGUGCAUCGGGCAUGGAUUGGGGUGUGCUGGCGGCUGCAGGCGUGCUGACGGUGGUGCCUGGCAUCCUGGUGGUCUGGUUUGUGCGUAAAGACCUGGUGAAAGGUUUUGCGCUCGGGUUUUCUGCCGAUGGCGACAACCCGCGGCGAUCGGUGGAUUACGCGGCAAAUGCAGCGCGCUGGGCUGCCGAGGAAUUCCAACCCACUACGCUAAGCACCGAUGAACAGCUGGCAGAACUCGCCUGGUUCACCGAAGCGGCACAGGCGCUGCGCGGCAUGGAGAUCAACGUUGUCUCCGAAACGUUAACCACCCACGAAUAUGAAAGCACCACGCUGACCCAGGCGUUUUACGACAUCACCGGCAUUCGGGUGACACACGAUCUGAUCCAGGAAGGGGAUGUGAUCGAAAAACUGCAGACGCAGAUGCAGUCCGGUGAAAAUGUCUACGACGCCUACGUGAAUGAUUCAGACCUGAUUGGUACACAUGCACGCUAUGGCUACGUGGUGCCCCUCAGUGAUUUCAUGGCCGGGGAGGGUGCCGACGUCACUUCGCCAACCCUGGAUCUUGAUGAUUUUAUCGGCAUCAGUUUCACUACCGGGCCGGACGGCAAAAUCUACCAGCUGCCGGACCAGCAAUUCGCCAACCUCUACUGGUUCCGCUAUGACUGGUUCACCAAUCCUGAGCUGAUGGCGCAAUUUGAAACACGUUAUGGUUAUCCGCUGGGUGUGCCGGUGAACUGGAGUGCCUAUCAGGACAUCGCCGAGUUCUUCUCUGAACAUGUGCGCGAGAUUGAUGGCCAGCAGGUCUAUGGACACAUGGACUACGGUAAAAAAGACCCUUCUCUGGGGUGGCGUUUUACCGAUGCCUGGCUGUCUAUGGCGGGCGCUGGCGAUCCCGGUAUUCCAAAUGGUCUGCCAGUAGAUGAAUGGGGCAUUCGCGUCGAAGACUGCCGCCCCGUGGGUUCUUCUGUCAGUCGUGGUGGUGCGGCGAACAGUCCCGCAGCAGUUUAUGCGCUGCAGAAAUACAUCGACUGGUUGAAACGCUUUGCGCCUCCGGAAGCCGGCGGCAUGACGUUCUCUGAAGCGGGUCCUGUGCCCGCCCAGGGACAGAUCGCCCAGCAGAUCUUCUGGUACACAACUUUUACCGCGGACAUGAUUAAACCCGACCUUGCGGUGGUCAAUGCGGACGGCACGCCGAAGUGGCGUAUGGCACCUUCACCCCAUGGACCUUACUGGUCAGAAGGCAUGAAGCUGGGCUAUCAGGAUACCGGCGCGUGGACGUUGAUGAAGAGUACCCCUCUGGAACGCCGCAAAGCCGCCUGGUUAUACGCGCAGUUUGUUACAUCAAAGUCUGUGUCUUUGAAGAAAACCCUGGUGGGCUUAACGCCUAUUCGUAAUUCAGAUCUGAACAGCCAGGCUAUGACGGAUAUGGCGCCGCAACUGGGUGGCCUGGUUGAAUUUUAUCGCAGCCCGGCAAGAACUCUGUGGACACCAACCGGUCACGGCUCAAACUGCAAUGGAUAG